GAACAAGUUAUUUUUAACCCAUAAAAGCUAUAACCUGAACUUUAUCAAAUGAAACAAGGUUUUACAAAUGAUCAGUUUAAAAUAACUUUUAUCUUAUUUCUCUUCUAUGAAACCCGACUCGCUUUAGGACCAAGCGUCUACUUAACUUUUUACAACUGAGGGGUUGCAGUCGAGUUGAUUUUAAACAAAGUUCCUGUCUCUGUUUAAGCCCUCAAAUUGUAGAUAGAAGCAGAGUGACUGAGGAGGACAGGAAUUCAUACAGCUUUUUUCUUCCUUGAUCGAAUGAAAGGAUCCUGAAGACGUCCGUUUCACCUGCGGCUGGGAGCGACACCUGCCUCAGGUACUUUAAUGACACAAGUUCUACUCUCAUCCUCCACAUUUGGACCACCCUUCCGGGGUAAGUGUAUGUUCGUGAAAAAUCAAGAGGAGCAUUUACAGCUAUGUGCUCCAGUGGACGGCCUCUGUGUACAGGAAACAGGCGUCCACCCACCAAUCAAGAGGGCAGUAGCUCGGGCUCCCAGUAUGCUCUCUGUGCACUGGGGGUGGGCCUGGUGGCACUUGGCGUUGUUAUGAUUGUGUGGAGCAUAGUCCCUUCUGAAGGGGGACACACACACAAUGCUACAACCACAGGCAAUGGAAGUAUCUUUGGGGAUGAAGGAAAGACAUCAUCUGUUGCAUAUGUGCUGGUUGGAUCUGGUGCUGCCAUGUUGCUCCUUGCUAUAUGUCUUGGGGUGAGGAACAAGAAGCGACAAAGACAAAGGGAAACUGCAGGUGCAGGCGGUGCUGAUUAUGUGGAUCAUGUUCGUAGAGAUCAGGAUGAGGAAUCAACUGGUGAACCAGCUUCACCCAGCUAUGACGUCCCCACCUAUGAGGAGGCGGUCACCAGCGGACGGUACCCUAUUCGACAGAGCAACUUGCGACAGAGUUACCAGCUGCCCUCGUACGAAGAUCUGAUUGGUGCCGUUGAAAAUGAAGGCUUGCAACCGAGAGAAGGUAAUGGCCCUCAGCCAGCUCCUGGCCCCGGACCCCAGCCCGCAGCUCCCACCUCCAGCUCUCAGCCCGCCCGCAGCAGCAGCAGGGCCAGCCGCCUCCUCAGACCUCUACGAGUGCGCAGGAUCAAGUCAGAGAAGCUCCACGUGAAGGAUAUUCGUUUGAAUAUCCAAAACCCCGGACAGAGUCGGGUGGCCAUUGAACCGCUGACCCCACCACCACAGUAUGAGGACAAGCCCCCUCAACUACCCACAGAAGCAGUGUGAUCAUUCAGUCACUGGAUUUUUGUCGAGUGUUUGCAUCUGUGGGUUGUUUGGAAAAUGUUGACUCAUCUGUGCAGAAGCAGAAAGUUUCAGUGAGAGCUAUAAAUGUAUCUCAAAUCUGCCAAUUUAUGAAAUAGGAUAUGUUCAUGCGCAAUUCUUCUUGGACAAAACACUAAAGCCUACUUGUUUUUUUUAAACAGAACUUUCAAUAUUCUAAGAAGGAUGUUACAGUAAUGUAUUGGUUUUUUUUUAACUGUAUGAAGAAGGAUAUGAAUGCCGCAGUGCGUCUCUUGAGAGAGAUUUACUGUUUUUAUUUCCAAAGAACUACAAUGUACAUUGCAAAAAAUAAAAACAAAACAAAUUCUUAGAGAAUAACUUAGAAAUCAAGAAUGCCAUCAAAUGUUGUUUGCCAUGAUUGAAAUGCAAGUAUGUUGUCCUAAAUCUAAAUGUUCUAGUUUUUUUAAGGUUUUUUUUUUUUUUUUUUUUUUACUCAUUUCAGGUUGUUUUUUUUACUCAAUAUAUAAUACAUUUGAACCGGUAGUGCUACUGUGGCCAAUUUUGCAGGAAUGCAAAAUUCAUUUAUACAAUAGAAGAUUUAAUUCUAACUAAUUUGCUUAACUAAUUUAUUCAGUACCACUCUGAUUAAUCCAAUUAAUAAUAUAAUAUAAUUUCCCAGUAUGUUUUCAUUAACGAUGUGUCACUGUCUGUUCUGUUUGCAAUUAACGUUGCCUCUUUUAUUCUAGAUUUAUUGCUUAUACUGUAUUUUAAGGGUGCAAAAUUAAGACUUUUUGAAUUAGAAUGGAAUUGAAAAUGUUCUCAAAACCCGUAGGAAUUUUUAAUGUAACCUUGUUAUUUUAGAACAAAUUCUGCAUUAAUAUGAAAUUCUAUUAAGUGAUAUAAAAAAGGAAGGUCUUGAUAAACAAGGUUUUUUUUAUUUUAUUUUUUUAGGGAAAGUGCAAAUAUGAAUUUUAAAGAUUGGGCUACUAUUCCAAACUCUGUUUCGCUGGACAAACAAAGCCAUCAUGCUGCAGAUUAACUAUUUUCAAUAGCCUUUUAUAUGUAAGCAAAAUUGCUUUCGCAGACUGCACCUUUUAGGAUACACUUUUGUUUUUAUUUACAGUUUAGUUUGUUAUAAUUCAGUUUAAUUAUUUGAUUGGGGUGUAGAAUCUUGGAAAUGGAUGUCGUUACUAUUUACUUGUGACAAAAGGAAUACGAUUAUGGGUAGUUGAUGUAAUUAAUAUUUUAAAGCAGAAAACCUCUGUAUUUUAUUUAUUUCUUGUGGGAGUUAAUAAAAUGUUUUAAAUCUA